GUGCACCUUUAAACAGUGCUGAUGGUCAGCUGUUGGAAGCAUCUCAGCAAAAUACUUCUCUGGGACUUUAAAGAAAACGGCUACCCGCCUGAUCCCCAAACAAUUUGGAAAAUCAGCUUCCGUGGCCCUGGUGGAGCCUCGAUGGCCUUUCAGGACCUCUUGGAUCAAGUUGGAGGCCUGGGAAGAUUCCAGAUCCUUCAGAUGGUUUUCCUUAGUCUCUCCAGCCUCAUAGUGUACCCUCAUGUUUCGUUGGAGAACUUCACGGCAGCCGUCCCUGAUCACCGCUGUUGGGUCCACAUCAUCGACAAUGACACUGUCUCUGCUAACGGCACUGGGAUCCUGAGCCAAGAGUCCCUCCUGAGAAUCUCCAUCCCACUGGACUCAAACCUGAGGCCAGAGAAAUGUCGUCGCUUCAUCCAUCCCCAGUGGCAUCUCCUUCACCUGAACGGGACCUUCCCCAACACGAGUGAGUCAGACACAGAGCCCUGUGUGGACGGCUGGGUGUAUGACCAAAGCUCCUUCCCCUCCACCAUUGUGACUAAGUGGGACCUGAUAUGUGAAUCUCAGUCACUGAAAUCAAUGGCCAAAUUCUUAUUCAUGGCUGGAAUGCUGGUGGGAAGCAUCAUAUUUGGUCAUUUAUCAGACAGGUUUGGGAGGAAGUUAAUUCUCAAGUGGUGUUUCCUCCAGCUGGCCGUUGCUGACACCUGCGCAGCCUUUGCGCCCACCUUUGUCAUUUACUGUGUGCUACGCUUCCUGGCUGGCUGCUCUACCAUGAGCAUCAUGACAAAUAAUAUUAUGCUGCUUGUAGAAUGGACAGUGCCCCGAUUCCAAGCCUUGGGAAUAACUGUGGCAGUCUGCACGCCUUGCGUAGGACAGAUGAUCCUAGGAGGACUGGCUUUUGCCAUUCGAGACUGGUACACCCUUCAGCUGGUGGUCUCUGUACCGUUAUUUGUCUCUUUUCUUUUCUCAAGGUGGCUUGUAGAGUCUGCUCGGUGGCUGGUUGUCACCAACAAAUUCGAGGAGGGCUUAAAGGCACUGAGAAAAGCUGCACACAGGAACGGAAGGAAGAAUGCUGGAGAAGCCCUCACCGUGGAGGUUUUGAGAUCCAGCAUGCAGGAGGAGCUGGAGAUAGCACAGGAAAAACCUUCCGUGCCUGACUUGUUCCGCACACCCAUCCUGCGCAAAAGGAUCUGUUUAUUGUCCUUCGUGAGAUUUGCAACCUACAUGCCCUUUUAUGGCCUGAUCCUCCACCUCCAGCACAUUGGGAACAAUGUUUUCCUGUUCCAGGUUCUCUUUGGCAUGGUCAACCUCCCCGCCAAUUACGUUGCCCUUUUGGCACUGAAUCAUAUGGGCCGUCGAGUAAGCCAGAUGAUUUUCGGGUCCUUACUUGGAAUCUUCAUUCUGACCACCACGUUUCUGCCUGAAGAAAUGCAGAGUCUGCGUGUUACUUUGUCAACUUUGGGAGUAGGAGUUUCUUCUGCAGCUCUCAUGAGUUCUUCUGCCCAUGGAAAUGAACUAAUCCCUACCAUAAUCAGGGCAACAGCGACAGGAAUCCUGGGAAUUGCUGCUAACUUUGGAGCAGCCCUGGCUCCCCUCUUGAUGAUCCUAACUAUGUAUUCUCCCCACCUGCCCUGGAUCAUGUAUGGAGUCUUCCCCAUCCUCUCUGGUCUUGCUGUUCUUCUCCUUCCUGAAACCAGGAAUAGGCCUCUGCCUGACUUCAUCCAGGAUGUGGAAAAGGGGAGAGAAGGCCUAAGAAAAACAAAGAAGGAAGAUACCUUCAUGAAAGUGACACAGUUUUAAGGAGUUCCAGUAACGAACUGCUAAUCAACGAGCAAGACAGAGGAAGGAAAGUCAGGAUCAUCCCCAGAUACUGGGAAGAUCUGUAAAAUAAACAAAACAAAAAUCUAUAAAGGAAACAUGGAUCCCUUUUAUAAUUGCAGGACUAAGUAACUAUGCAAUAGCUACAGCUAAUCAUAAUGAGAAGUUUGAGGAAAGCCCUAAUACUUGAAAAAGUUUUUUUAUUCUUGAAGUCUUGUAGAUAUACAAUGUUCUAUUAGUUUCAGGUGCACCACAUAGUGAUUUGACAAUUCUAUACAUACAAAGUCAUAAUAUUUUUAAAAGAAUCAUAGUAAAAUAUGUGCAAAAUUAUAGAUGUCUAGCAUCUUUCUGGACAGAAAGGCAGAAUAGAAUUUAAAAAUUUUGAUUUUGCCCCAGUUAAUUGGUAGAGUAAUUGCUGGAGUAAUUACAAUGGAAAACUCUAUAUUUGGGGACAACUCCAAAAAAAGUUCCAUAUGUAUGUACAAAUUAAUAAUAGGCAAAAUGAUUCAGAAAAAUGAGGCUCAUGGAGGGAGGAUGAGGUAGGUUUUGGGGGCAACAUAUGCUGGAAUGAGAUGCAGUAGGUCAAAAACACAAUAGCAGAUGCCUUUACAAAUCCAAAGAAGUCCAGAAUGAUAUGGUAGCAUAUUUGACACUUGAAGUUUGAUCAUUAUCAAUGAUUUCAUUAUCAAUGAUUCAUUGAUCAUUAUCAUUAUCAACCAAUCAUUAUCAAUGAUUUAUGAUGAUUAAGGGUAUCAUGAAUCACUGAUAGAAAUAAGUAAUUACAUAAUAAUUACCAUUAUAUGAUUUUAUAAAUAAAUGCCUGGGGCGCCUGGGUGGCUCAGUUAAGUGUCUGCCUUC